AUGCCUGCAGAGGAGGGGAUUUGUGCUAUUUUUACCGACCACUUGCAGGCAGGGCUGGGAUUCAAUAUCCCCCCUCAGCCCCAGCCCUGGCAGAGCGCGGCUGUGCCGAGCCAGGCGUCACCUCCCUCCUGCACAGCCAGGUAAGGCACUGCCACUGCCCCCUGUCCCCCCUGGGUGAGCAGCACUCGCCGCGAUGCCGGAGCCAGAAAAUCCAAGAUCACAGCCUCACGCAAACUCUUGUUGAAGAGUUUGAUGCUGGCCAAGGCCAAGGAGGAGUGGGAUCAGGAGAUUGUGGACAAGCAGGCAGAGAAGGAGCGGUACCUGUCUGAGAGGGUCACCCCACUGCACACCAGCGGGCUCUCCUUGAGCCAGCUCCAGGACCUGUGCAGGGAGCUGCACGAGAAGGUGGAAAUUGUGGAUGAGGAGAGAUACGACAUUGAAGCAAAAUGCAACCAUAACACCCGGGAGAUUAAAGAUCUGAAAAUCAAAGUCCUCGAUCUCCGGGGGAAGUUCAAGCGGCCUCCCCUGCGCCGGGUCCGCGUCUCGGCCGAUGCCAUGCUCAGGGCUCUGCUGGGCUCCAAGCACAAGGUGUCCAUGGACCUCAGGGCCAACCUGAAGUCUGUCAAGAAGGAGGACACGGAGAAGGAGCGCCCUGUGGAAGUGGGCGACUGGCGCAAGAACGUGGAGGCCAUGUCGGGCAUGGAGGGCAGGAAGAAGAUGUUCGACGCUGCCAAGUCCCCCACGGGGCAGUGAGAGGAGCACUGGGAGGAAGACCAUCCCCGUCCCUGCUGCCAGCCUGCCCUUGCUGCUCCCCUGUCCCUUUGUGCCCUUCCCUGAAUCCCCACUGAGCUGGAACACAAGGACAACGGUGUGGAAAGGAGACCUGAGCUUCUUCCUUCCAGCAGUGCCCUCAGCCCUGCU